AUGUAUUAUUUUUUUUUUCUGAUUUUAGCCUUAUUUGCAAACGGAUUUUUAAGAAAUAAAGAAUACACAAAAUUAAUUGGGAGUUCUAAUUUUAAUUCAUUAAAAAUAAAUAAUGAAAAAACCGAAGAUAAUUUAAACGAUUCAUUUUUUAUACCUGUAAAAAGUAAGGUAGAUGUAAUUAAUAAUAAAUUUGAUAAAGAAAAAAGUAAUGAUAAUGAAAAAAUAAAAAAUAUAAAAAUUGAUGAAAGACAAUAUGUAGGCUUUAUUGAAAACUGCACUAUUAACAGUUGUGUAAAACCUGAAAACAAAGAUACUGAUAUAUUACAUGAAAAUGAAAUUAAUAAUUUAGCUAAAGAGGAGGAUAAAACUAUGAAUAAAAAAAAAGAAAAAGAGGGAAACGAGGUAAAUGAUGAUAAUUAUAACAAAAAAGAAAACAAUGAAAAUAAAGAAAGGAAUGAUAUACACAAAGAAAAAAGUGAAUUUAAUGAAAAAAAUGAUAUCAAAAUAAAUAAAGAUGAAAAAGAAAAAAAAUCUUUAAAUAAUAUUGAAACUAAUGAAAAGAAUUUGAACAAAGAAAUAACAGAAGUAGGUUCUAACAAAAAUUAUGAAAAGAAGGAAGUAAAGCAUGAUGAAAAGGAAAACAAAGAAAAGCAUAAGGAUGGAAGUGCAAUAACAGAAAAUACUAGAAGUGAAGAUAAAUUAAACUUAGAAAAAAAGGAUGAUCAUUUAGAUGAAGAAAAAGAAGAUCUAGAAGAGAAUGAUGAAGAAGAAAAAGAUGUAGAUGAAAAUGACGAAGAAAAGGAUAAGGGAGAUGAAGAAAAAGAUGAAGAAGACGAAAAAGAAGAUGAAAAUGAAGAUGACAUAGAUGAAGGUGAAAAAGAAAGUGAAAAAAGGAAAGAAGGAAAAAAUAAUAUAAUAAAAGAAAAAGAAAUAGGAAAAGAUAAAAAUGAAGAUGACAAAAAAAAUAUAAAGGAGAAUGAAAAAGGAAAUGAAAAUCAGAAUAAGGAAGAAAGAGACAAAAAUAAAAUUAAAGAUAAUACAAAAGAUCUAGAGAAAGAUAAAGAAGAAAAAAAAGAGGAAAAAGAAAAGAAGAAAGAAGAGAAUAAAAAAGAGGAAAAGGAAAAGAAGAAAGAAGAGAAGAAAAAAGAGGAAAAGGAAGAAACAGAUGAAGGGAAAGAGAAGGAUGAGGAAAAAGAAGUAGAAGCAAGAAAAGAAAAUGAAAAUGAAAAAGAAGAUGUAGAUGAAAAUGAAAAAGAAGAAGAAGAAGAAAAUGAAGAAGAAAAUGAAAAAGAAGAAGAAGAAGAAGAAGAAGAUGAAAAAGAAGAAGAAGAAGAAGAUAAUCAUAAUAAUGGAGAAGACAUUAAGAAAAAUAAUGAAAAUCAUGAAAAUCAUGAAAUGAAAAAGGUAAACGAGGAUGUAACACUAACAAAAUCAUAUAUAGAUAUAAAUGAAAAUAGUGACAUUAAAAAUAAUUUUAAAAUUGAACAAAGUGAAGUUAAAAAUGAAGAUAAUGAAGUAACGAAGAAUAUAAAAGACAAUGAAAAUAUUCAUGAAAAGAAAGAUGAAAAUAAUCAUAUCACAUCUCCAAAUAUUUCAGAACAACCUCAGAACAAUACGAAUAAAGAAAGAUUUAAAAAAAAGAAAAAUUUCGAAUCUAAUAUGUUUAUCAUAGAUAAGAAGAUGCAAAAAAAUUUAAAAAAUGUAGAUGGAAUACUAAAGGAUUUAAAUUCCAAAUUGAAUUAUCACAAGGAUUUAAAAAAUAGAGAGUUAAAACUAAAAUUUGAGGCCAUGAGUAGAAUAAAGCAGUAUGAUAUGUUCAAUGAUCUUAUAAAAAAAUCAGUAGAAAUUUUAACUCUUCGAUUAAUGAAAAUUAAUGAAGAUUUACAUAAAUUAAAACAAUCCUCAGAAAUUGCACUACAAAAAUAUAUAACUGAAAAAGGCGAUGAUUUAAUAAAGUUUUCUAAUUUACCAAAAUAUGAUAAGUAUAAUGAGGAAGGAAUUAUUGAGAGAAGCAAAACAAAUAAGAGUGAAUCAAAUGGACAUUUAUUUUGUCCUAUAAAUUGUGAUAAAGAAUCGUGCUACAACAAACCAGAUCAUCCAACUCAGUGUUACAAAUUAGAACAAUCAGGGAAUCAUAUUAAAAGAAUAUGUGAACCUUUUGCUAAUAGUCAUAAUGCUACAUGCAAAAAAGAUUUUAAUCAUUGUGCUAUAGCAGCACCAGAGCGAAAUAGAAUAUAUUCAGUUUUUAUAUAUGAUGAACAUCAAGAUAUACCACAAUUCAUAACAAUCAAAGGUUAUAAUUUACAUGAAUGUUUACAAUUCCUUGUAGUAAAUAAAAAUUCUGUCUGCUUACCUGAAUUUGUUGAGAGAAAUAUAAUUGAAUCUAGUGAAAUUUUGAUGGAACCUGUUUUAACUAAACUAUUAAAGGAUGAAGUUGUAUUUGAAAAUAUUAAGAUAAAUAAGGAAGGAGAAUAUAACAUAUGUUUAGCACAAUUUUAUCAUACAGAAGAAAAAGAAGAUUUACUAGCAGAAAAUUCGGCAAAUAAAAAUAAAAAAAAAAAAAAAAAUGAAAUAAAAAUUUUAGGUGUAGAUAGUGUUGGAACCUUAUAUGUUUUACCUUUUCCAUCAAAAAAAAAAAUAAAAGAUUAA